GAACUAGAAGAGAACACGGGAUCGAUGAACCUCAUGCAGAGUGACAAGGGGGAUGGAGAGAAGGAUGAUGAUGCUGCUGCUACAGAGGGGAAGGACAAGGACGAUGCUGCUGCUACAAAUGGGAAGGACAAGGACGCUGCUGCUGCUAAUGAGGGGAAGGACAAGGACGGUGACAAAAAGGAUGAGAAGAAGGAUGCAAGGAAGGACAUAGCUGCAAGAUCAGAUGUGUGGCAAUACUUUGAGAAGAUUAAGGUCGAUGGUAUCUUGCGGAGAGGGAAGUGCAACUACUGCAGCACUGAGAUCCUAGCGCAUCCUGUUCACAAUGGUGAACCAGGUGAAGAGUGAGGUACGAAUUGUUA